AUGGAUUUCUCUGAUCACAAGCGCUUUUGCUUAGCACUGUAUGAUCUUGCAAAUUCAGAAGAGUCAUGGUGGCCUUGCGAAAGCGAGUCUGAAUGGAAUAAACGCAUCGUUCAACACAUUCGUCUAUUAGACGAUUUAUUGGACAGGCCAGCUACCGCUGCAGAAAAGAAUUUCUUGUUUUUUCAGCCUAAAUGUCAAGUAUGUUUCCUAACACCCUUGGAAUUGACAGGUCCGCAAAAGUUUAUCCCCUGUCCAAAUUGCAGUGCAGUUGCAUGUUGCUCUAAUGAACAUUGGGACACUUGUCGCUCCAAACAUCAAGCGCUUUGUAAGACGUACGAGCAGGUGGUUGAGUGCGAUAUGGUACAGUACGAACAGGGUGGUGAUGGAGUGUUAUGGGCUCCAGAUACAUGGGACAAGUCGAAAUCUUUUCCACCAUUGCCUGCAGGCUGGGAUGCAUAUUUUACUUGGCGCAAGGCACCGCCUUUUGUCCCAAAAUACGCACGUGUGGCUACACAUUCUCUGUCUGGACCAUUAACCGUUCUCGAAGCAUUGGAACGGUUUUAUAAAAAAAACACAUUGCAUUCGUUGGAAGAGCUUGUCAUUCACAUACUUGGUGCGGCACAGUUUGAGAUAAUAUCGAUGAUGGCAUACGAAGAACUGAUGCACGUCUUGCCUGAUUUCAAAACCUUGCGAUUGGUGCUUGUAGGAUUGGACGUACCAGAUAACAAGAAUGUUUGCGUAGACUGUUGUCCGCUGUGUACAGAAGCUAAAAGAACACGCAACAUUGUGUUUUUCAAGGGAGCAUACCAUGAAUACGCGCAAUCAUCAGAGUUUAUAACACCUCAUUUGGCGGUCGGAUUUAACUCUGGUCUGUAUGAAGACGAUACGGAACUCUGGAUGCCGACUGUUCAUUGCUUGAUCGAUAAGGAUAUUCCAUGUGUUUUCACUUCCUACUCAAAAAAUGAAGCGGAUCAAGAUUUGGCGACGAUAAAGGGGUGGGGUGCUAAGAUUUACGCAGGAGCUAAAAAGAAUAAAUGGAAAAGCUUGGUGCCUAUAAUUGAACCAAUGAUUAUAGAUAGGUUCUUCCAUAAUAACAACUUUAAAACUUUGUUCAAGGGACGGUUGUAG